ACAAUACAAAGACCUAGCCCCAUUCACUUUUUAACCUUUCAUUUUCACCCAAUGAUGAAGGCAUUUUUGAACAAUUUUUUGGUUUCAGAGUUUCAGUGUCUGAAAUUUUCCUUUUAUCCAUCGAAACUCUUUAGGACUAAACUGACCCUUGGAAAAAGGGGUACAAAAAAGCUGCACAAAAGGACAACAAUUUCUGCUACACAACGUUACUUAGUAUUUAUUCUCUUUUGUUUCUUCAUAAGACCACCUUCACCACUCUACCCCUCCCCUUCUCAACAAUGAAGAUUGAAAUUCAAACUAUGUCUUCAUCAUCUUCUUCUCUUAUUAGCGGUGUUGUUGAUAAUAAUCCUUCUUCACACUUGACUCAGCUACGAACUCCUUCUCAUUUGAUUCAACAGAUGAGUCUAAAACCACCUAUGGUCAGACCUUAUGUUCGAUCCAAAAUGCCUCGCCUUCGAUGGACACCAGAUCUUCACCGUUGCUUCGUCCAUGCAGUUCAUAGGCUUGGAGGAGAAGACAGGGCCACACCAAAGUUAGUUUUACAACUAAUGAAUGUAAAGGGACUUACUAUAUCUCAUGUUAAAAGCCACCUUCAGAUGUACAGGAGCAUGAAACACGAGCAGAUGAAUGAAGCAGCAGCAAGGAAGAAUAAUAUGGCACUAUUAGGUUCCACAGAAUCCUCCUCAGCUGUUGUUCCGAGCUGCGGUACGGAAGAUCUUGCUCGAACCCAAACUCAACGGAAUGGUUAUGAGCCAGAGUCUAGUUACAAUAAUGAAUCGAUUAUAAUUGGUGACGGCCAUAACCAGAAGAUGCACACUUACAUCAUCUUCAAGGGUAUUCUCAGAACCGACACUGUUCAAGCAAACAUAAGAGAGCAUCAAAGAGGCAGUUUACAUGAAUUGUUGACUCGGAGUGAGGCACGUGAAGACACAAAUGAUGUCUCUCUUGAGCUCACGCUCACCUGAAUUCAUGCUUCAAACACAUAAUAAGAACAAACCUCUCACCCCUUAUUAUGUUUAUUUCUUUAUCGUAGAACUUUAAUGCAAAAGGUGCAUAACUUGGAAGAUUUUGUAACACCAAUACUGCUCUAGUUAAGAACAUAUAUAAUGUCAAUUAGUGUGGACCAUAGUAUAUGAUGAAUUUUAACUGCA